UCUGGUGACAGGGGGCCGCGUCUGCCAUUCCAAACCACCACCACCACCUGGGAGCCACAGAAGUGGGGGUGGGGGAGCCAAGCUUUGGGGGUCCGGGCACUGGUCAGGAUUGGCGCCCCGCAGCCGGCGAGGACUGUGUUGGGAACGGGCAGGAGAGGACGUCGGCGCUGUCGCUGGGACCCGCUUGGCAUCCCCUCCUGCGCGGGGCCGGGGGGGGCUGGCGGGGGCGCGUCUCCUCCCAGACUGGGUGGCCGGGCCCCCGGGUGUCAACUCGCGCAGCUCCGCGGGCAGGAGUUUGGCUGGAGGACAGGCCCCGCCAGCGCGCCCCGCUUGGCAAAGCGGCUUCAGCACCAGAGAGGAAGGAAACCUCCCGGGACCCAGCGUGGGCUCCGGCCAGCUGCACGGAGACCUGCCCCCUGCCAAGGGACCCGGGCGCGCCCAGGCUCUGUGUGUGUCCCGAAUCGCCCCGAGCCGGCAAAGAGGGGGACUCGCUGCCUGACUCCAGGGCCGGCUGCUGCGGGCAGGGAGGGAGGAGAGAGCCCAGGAGCUCGCCACCCGAGCCCUGCCUCCACGCGACGCCAGCCCGGGGCAGCGCUCUCCGGGGAGAGGCCAAGUGACUGGGGACGGCGCCGGAGCCCACGGGUGACCCUCAGGAUCUGGGGUCCCCCUUCGCCCCAGCUGUGACUCGACCUUGUCCCCCGGCUCCUUUGGUCUGCGGGUCCCAGCCCCCGGCCGCGGCGGAGGCGCGUUUCCUGAGCGCAGGUCACACCCCGGCUCCCUGGGCCGCUGCUUCUUUCCCUGCUCUCUGUACAGCGCUGCCCCGAGAAGCUGCAUCGGACCCGGCCGGCCCCUGGCUUGGAGAGGGGCAGCUCCGCGCUCCGGGCGCCUCUCCGCAGCUCCGCGCCCCUCGCUCGCCGGCUCUCUAACGCCCGCUGUUGUGAUGCGUAUUCCCGUAGACCCCAGCACCAGCAGGCGCUUCACACCUCCCUCCACGGCCUUCCCCUGCGGUAAGAUGGGCGAGAACAGCGGGGCGCUGAGCGCGCCGGCGCCGGGCUCCCGAAGUCGGCCCGAGGUGCGCUCGGUGGUGGACGUGCUGGCGGACCACGCGGGCGAGCUGGUGCGGACAGACAGCCCCAACUUCUUGUGCUCGGUGCUGCCUUCACACUGGCGAUGCAACAAGACCCUGCCGGUGGCCUUCAAGGUGGUAGCCCUUGGAGAUGUACCUGAUGGGACUGUAGUAACGGUCAUGGCUGGAAACGAUGAGAAUUAUUCUGCAGAGCUCAGAAAUGCCUCCGCAGUCAUGAAAAAUCAAGUGGCAAGGUUUAAUGACCUGAGAUUUGUUGGGCGAAGUGGCAGAGGAAAAAGCUUUACAUUGACGAUCACAGUGUUCACAAACCCCACACAAGUCGCUACCUAUCACCGAGCCAUUAAAGUGACUGUGGAUGGACCCCGGGAGCCAAGAAGGCACAGACAAAAGCUAGAAGACCAAGCCAAGCCCUACACAGACCGCUAUAGCGAACUGGAACGUCUGCGCCAGACUAUGAGAGUUACCCCAACAACUCCCAACCCCCGAGGAUCCCUGACCGCCCCAGGCCACUUUGGGUCACAGACUCAGACUCCAAUACAAGGCACGUCGGAUCUGAGCCCCUUCUCUGACCCACGUCAGUUUGAUCGCUCCUUUCCCACACUGCCGACCCUGACCGAGACCAGGUUUUCCGACCCCCGGAUGCAUUACCCCGGCGCGAUGUCAGCGGCCUUCCCUUACCCCGCGACGCCCUCAGCCUCAGGGAUCAGUGGCAUCAGCAUGACCAGCAUGCCCACCACGACCCGCUUCCACCACACUUACCUUCCGCCACCCUACCCUGGCUCCACCCAGAACCAAAGUGGACCCUUCCAAACCAACCCUUCCCCUUACCAUUUGUACUACGGUACGUCGUCCGGAUCGUACCAAUUCUCCAUGGUGGCGGGAGGUGAGCGCUCACCCACAAGGAUGCUGUCCUCCUGCACGAGUGCCUCAGUGGGCAACAACUUAAUGAAUCCCAACCUUGCCAAUCAGAAUGAUGGCGUUGAUGCGGAUGGUAGUCACAGUAACUCGCCUACAGCCAUGACGACUACCGGGAGGAUGGAUGAAUCUGUCUGGAGACCCUACUAGGAAGGACUCAAGGAGGCACGUGUAACUUGAACCAAAUAAAACGCCCAUCAAUGUGUUACUCCUGUCAAUCGCAAAUAGAUCAAAAUGAGGCCUAGCACGGGACGUCUCCCAAUCUGAAGGCAAAUCAGGAUCCUUCCCUCACCAAUAUAGGUAAUUGGCAAGCAAAGAUGGACCAGAGCUGUAUACAGUUCAAAACACACGUCCACAAGGCUUGAAUUGGUCACUCAGUGAGGUUCCUUUGGUCACUUUGAAAUGGGUGGAUUGUAUAUAGGAGUGUGUGGAAUCAGAUGUUUGUUAAUUGCCCAGCUGUGGCUAUGUUCAGAAUGCCUAUCCAUCAUCUCGCUCUUAACCAAAAAAACCCCUGUCCUCCUGCAGAAUCAUAGGUGUUAAGAGAAAAUUUUAAAAAGGCCCCAGAAAUCAGCCAGUCCAUCUCUCUGCAAAUGCAGGAAGAACGAACUAAGAAGCCUUAGCCACUCGCCCCCUCCGGAAAAGGGCCUUUAAUCACCAAACGAACCAGAGCUGCCCGCAUCAGCUGAGACGUGAGUCUUGUUUACAGCAAAACAGGUGUGACUGGCUCUCGCUGACGCAGUUAAGGCUCUGAAGAACAUUGCUAGCGAGUGAGCAGGUAUCAGCCAUGUGAACAAGUGCUGUGAUAUGAUUUUGAAAGUGGUUGUAUUGUGAUUUUUGUUUGUUUGUUUGUUUUCAACAGUAACAUGGCUGAUCCCACGCUUGAUGACCUCCCCAAUCCCCUUCCCAUAUGUUUACAUGAGAUGUAAUUUUUUAACACAAUGUGUUUUCCUUUCGUCCUGACCUGGACGUUAAUUCCUUGCUACUUCUAGUUAGUCUCGAUGGUUGCGUCCGAGACGAAGAAGGCGUUUGGGACAAUCCAGCGUGUGAGGUGCACUUACAAACACGUUUGCUGCAAAGAGGACGCGGAAGCCUUUGGAAUUAUAUGAAAUCCAGCGUAGCGGCUUCUCCUCGCUCAUUUCCAGGUGGAACGCAGGCAGCUGUGGCAAUACUUAGUAUUUAUUUUAUGAUUCGCGUCCAUUUUUACACCCAGAGUGGCUCUACACACCAUGCGUUUGUGCUUAAAGAAAAGAGAUUGCCGGCUGAUUCUAGAAGUACUGACUGAGAUUUGACUGACCCCUCAAUUUUAAAUAAAACGUAACCCCCUGGCUUUAUUUUAGACAAAUGAAAUCAUACUAUAUAGCACUUCUCAUCUCAAAGUGCUUAGCGUAAUUAUGCCUCGUAUCACAACCCCUGUGGUGAUUUAGGGCACUGUUAUUAUCCCCAUUUUACAGACAGGUAAAUUGAGGUAGAGGGAUUCGUCGAAGGCCACAUACAGUGGCACUCCUGACCCACGCUUACCACUGGUAACAGAGCAGCCGCUAGAGGCCUCGGCGGAGAUUACGGCCCAUCGUGCUGAGUGCUGUACAGAUACAUAGUGACCAUCCUCCACAGUGAUCUUACAACUGAAAUAGACAACGCGUAGGGAAGUAAACGGGACAUCACACAGGAGCUCUGUGGCAGAGUCUGGGCUAGAAGCCAGCAUUCCUGGGUCCUUGGGAUCUCCCUGGACCACGCUGCCCCUCCGCAUUGCUAGCUGACAUAAAUUAGUUCCCUGUGCUUCAAACAGGAAUUAGGGCCUCGUCCUAACAUAACCUUACUCACACUAGUUGUUCCAUUGAAGACGAUGAGACGACUCCUGUGAAUAAGGUACGUUUGCCUGGAUAACAGUUUGCCACUUCAGCGGGCAGCUGGGUUGUAAGAGCUCCCACUCUAGGUCACUGAAUGUAGCACACCAGUGGCAGGGAUGGGAACAGAACCCAGGACUUGUGUGUUGCAAGAGGUACUUUAAGCAGAGGGGGAUCCUGCUCCUGUGUUAAUGGAUACAAAAGGCUACUAAAGCGGAAGCAUUUUCCCUCCACUUUGCACUGGUGUAAAUGACUGCACACGGCGAAGGGUGAUGGAGAGUCAGGGCUUAGAAUUAGAUUCCCAGUCCUAUUAAAUAGGAAGACCCUGUGGGAGUUGGGUGCUUCAGAAUGUGAACUAGAGGUCUCCUCUAGUUAUGUAGCCACUUCAGAGGAGAUAUAUUAAUAAUAAUGCUGAAGCAUAGUUCUAAAUUCAUACUAACCCUGUGAGUAUUUAACAGAGCCCGUGGCUGGGGGUAAGCAUCUCUCCGGCAGGGCGAUGUAGAACAAGCCAAGCGGUAAGCAUCCCUCCGGCAGGGUGAUGUAGAACAAGCCAAGCGGUGCAUCUCUCCGGCAAGGUGAUGUAGAACAAGCCAAAAGUUGCCCCUUUUUUUCCCUUAACUGAUUAUGAAACUCCUACUACUCAGUGGGUUUUUUUAAGUUAUCAUGAGAAUUAUUUGGCAUCUGGCUGCUUAUGUUUGAGUGAGUUAAGGUUGAAUUUCAAUGAGACCUUGAGCACCUUUGAAAAUCCCAUCCUAUGCACCACAGCUAAAGCAAAGAUGGUUGGCUUGUCAAAUCUCAGUGGGUAUCUUUCCAGCAAUCAAGUGACAUAAAAUGCAUUACCAUUUAAAUAUGGGAUUGAGACAUCAAAUCAUAUGUACCUGGAUUUAGUUGUAAAGCUGCAAUGACCACUCAUGGAUUUAAAAACUGCAAACUCCACUUGCCUUAGCAAACAGCAAGCCCAUGCCUCUUGAUUGCUAUCUGUCUGUCAAACUGGACUAUGGCAGCCUGUCUUCUGAUGCGUUCAAGUUUAUCAGUACAAUAGUUCCACUGAUAGAAAGCACAAAGAAAAUAAGGAAUUCUUCAUACCAAUUUAAUGGUGUUCAUGGAGUAUUUAAAACCAAAAAAAUAUAUAUAUAUCUGCAACUAUGUUCCUUUAUGACAUAUUGUCAUAUGAAGGUGUAAAUACAGACACCUCAAUUUUAUGCAAAUGGUCGCAAGACUGGCCAAAAGAAUUUGCUUUGCACUAUCAUUUGCUUUUUUGUUGGUUUUUUUUUAAAUGCACAAUCGCUUGUACAGUAAAACCUUUGUCUGGCUUAUGAAAUAUUUAACUGUAAAAUCUAAUUUUUUGGUCUUAUUUGUUAGAAUAAUAUAAUUCUUAAAUAUGUUGAAGGAUCCAGUUCUUAAUAAUGCUUCCUAUACUUGCGUGUGCAGGGUCAAAGCCAGAAACAACCAAAAAAAUGAGACUAGAAGAACACUCUUUCUGUAGCUAAAGAUGGCAGAGAUUUGUUUUGUUUAAAUGGAAUUUUAUGAUGGACAUUGCAAAAAUGCUAGUAACACCAAAUAAUGUGGUUAUUUGUGUAAUAUACCAGCCCUACUUGAAGGUAACUCCCUAUAUUUAAUAUGUAGCCCAUCUUUUUACCUGUAGCACUUGUCACUGGGGAGGGGCGGGGGUCUGCUCCCACUGAAGUCAUUAGCAGGAGUCUGCUGCUUUUAGCUUCAGCGAGCGCAGGAUCAGACCCCCUCUUCUUAGCCUAUCUUGUGAAUAGGUGGACUCGAGUUUGUAAGAAGCCAUAGCGAAGUGGCCAGUUCUGCUUUUCUAUUAUAAACGUCGAUGUUCUUAUCAAAUGUACGUGAUUAUCUUGUCAGGCAUCUGUGUAAUCAUUUUAAGGCCUUUCCACGUGGAAUAAUAAAUGUAUGGUUACAAGUC